UUUGUGUGUGUUUUUGCUGGCAGGUUGGGGCUGGAUGUUUGCACCAUUCUCCGCUUAUCCGGGCCUUUGAAAGAGCAGUAUGCAAAGGAAGUUGAAUGUGGAGAAUUGCAGAGGAAAUGUUGGGGUUUUCUUGCACGCAGGAACACGGCCUGGAUUUCCAGCGGCUUUUAGACGCCACCGAUUACAAGGAGCUGUACCGCGAAGACAUGAUCCGUUGGGGGGAAGAACGACGGCAGAGCGAUCCCGGUUUCUUUUGCCGCAUUGUGGUGGAAGGCGUGACGCAACCCAUCUGGAUCGUGAGCGACACCCGCCGAUCCUCGGACGUGGAAUGGUUCCGUGACGUCUACGGGGACCUGGUUCAAGUCGUGCGGGUGAUUGCCACGGAGGAGACCCGGAGAAGGCGGAACUGGGUGUUCGUGACAGGAAUUGACGACGCUGAAUCCGAGUGCGGAUUAGACCAAGGCAUCUCCUACGACUGGGUGAUCACCAACGACGGAGACCAGCUGUCCUUGGAUGCCCAGCUGGAGAAAUUGCUCCAGUUUAUCCAGACCAAACUUUAGGAACCAACUGGGUUUCCCGGUCUCUCUCUCUCUCUCUCUCUUUCUCUCUCUUUCUCACUCUCCCCCCUUCCGUAGCUCUGUUGGGGAGGGCACGAAGGGGGAAGGGGGGCUCGGCUGAAGGACCAAAGAGGGGUGAAGGCGUCACAAGAGGAGGUCCUUCCCAAAACAGAAGACAACCCCCCCUCCCUCCCCAAGCCAGAAACGAUCCCGUUAAACUUUGCUGUACAGCUUCCUUCCUGGAAUGGAGACUCCGUUCCAGAAAGUGCCAUAAUCCAGUGCCGGUUUUUCUUCUUAAUGUGUUUUUUUUUCCCCCUCCAUCGCAACAAGGCCUCCUGCUUUUACCACCCCGCAGGUCACUCUGGGAGGAAGAUUAAAUCCCCACCUUUCUAUAGGUCUCGAUUCCUCCUUCCUCUCCCCUGUUGGUGGAAGGGAUGACGGGGGUCCUUGUUCUUCCCUGUCCCCCCCCCCCACUUUGAGAUGGGGACAGUACCGCUUCCUGCCACCAGGGGGCAGAGCAAGACCUGCUUUUUCUCUCCCCCCCCAAAAACAACAAAAAACACCUGAUUUUAGUUCUCCUGGAGGUGGGAUUUCUACCCUUUUUUUUCUCCUGAUUUGAUCCGUGGGCGGAAAAAAGAAAGAAUCCCAUUGGUGGAGGAAACCCCCCCCCCCCCCAGGACAGUGGGGAGGAAAAUCCCAUUUUUCCCACUCGAGAUAAAAUAAAUUUAUUCCCAAUUUAUGGUCCUUUGUGGUUAGGAAAACCCACUGGGGGUCCCCAAACAGGUGGGGAAACCACAUUGUCGUGCCUUAUUCUCGAAAAACGCUCUCCGCCUGGUUUUCCUCCUCCUUUUCUCUUCGCUUCGUUCCUUCGUUCCUCCCCAAAUCCUCCUCACCCCCCCUUGGCCCAUGGCAGAAUGCCAAUUUCUCCUCCAGCAAAUGUUCUUCUGCCAUAUGGGGAGGGACGGGGGGGGGGGAUUUCCUUCCAGAAAGCGGGGGGGGAGAGCCCCCCCCCCCCCCAAAAAAAAUUGCAUUGGGAUGAGAGCGAAGCGCAUUGAAAGCAGCCUCUGAAAUGCACCUGGAAGGUGCGUUUUUUGCAGCCCCUCCCCGAGUUUAAUCCCCCUCCCUCCUUGGCUUCAUUCCGCUCCGGUGCUGGGGGGGUGGGAGGGGAUUAAAAUAAGUUGGCCACUAAGCAGAUCGGCUCCCGGGAAGGUGCGCAAACCGAAUUUGCAAAAAAAAAA